AUGGAUACUUUCUCUCGUGUUGCACUCCAUGAAACUCUGCACUAUAGCACGAUUGGGCCCCAGUCGAAGCUGAAAGAAGAGAUCGGUGAUCAAUUUAACGAAGAUGGGGAACGCGCAUACGACCCAGAGCGUGCACAUGGUCUCAAUGAUCCCAAACAGGAUAACCAACCAGGAAAGUCGGAGAAUAACGCCGACAACUAUGCGUGGAUGUCCCUGGACGCUAUCAUCAGCAAUCGGUGCAUCAUUGAAACAACAGACGGAGAGAAGCCUUGGCACAGCUUCUUCCCCGAUCCACCCCCAAAGUACGCUUGA